AUGAGUUUUGAUUUUGAAGACUUUGAAACGAACUUUGAAACACAAAAGAAAUUGUUAGACAACCGUAUAUUGUAAAUUUAGAAAUAGAAUGAAAAUCUUAUGCAAUAUUAAAUGAUUAAGUAUAUUACUAUGUAAGCUUGAAAGAUAAGAAUAAUUGAAAGAAAUCAAGUCAGACAUGAAAUUAGAAUUGUAGGAUAUAAAAUAGAUCAUUGCCACUCUUGAAGAAACUGCAAAUAGAGAUUAAAAAUUCCAACUUAAACAAUUAAAAUAAAAAGUUAUCAAAUAUGAGGAACAACAUAAAGUCAUUAUUAAAUAACUUAUCAAAUAAUCUAUUUCUGAACAAUUUGAUAGAUUGUCAAUGCAAGAAUCAUAAUUUCUUUAAGAAAAUUAAAUUAAUGAAUUACAGAAAAGUCAAUCUAAACUCAAACUUUCAUCAAAUUCAAUACCAAAUAGUCUUCCAAAAGAUGAUUAAAUAUUAAAUGUUCCAUCAAAGAAAUAAAGUGGAUUAUCAUUAUCUUUAAAAUAGCCACUUCUUGAAUUAGAAAAUGAAUAAUUUUAAGAGAAAAGAGACUCUAAUGAUAAGGAUACAAAAGAAAUUGAAGAAUAAGUUGUAUAAUAAUUAAAUUAAGAAUAUAUAGAAUAUUAAAAUAUGAUUGUUGAAUAGGAGAAUUUAGAAAAAUAUAAUCAAGAAAUUGAUUAACUAGUCACAUUUUAAAAAAGUGACAAAAAAUGCUUCAAAUAUUCAAUAAUCAGUGCAAUUGUAUUAAUCAUCCUUGGUGUUCUAAUAUUUUUGAUAAUACAUUAUUUUUAUAUUAAAUGA